GAUGGAAUCCGACGUGGUAGACCCAGAGCAGAUACGGUUCGGGAUUUAAUAAAUGAAGGCGAGCAUUCAUCCAGCAGAAUCCGCUGCAACAUCUGUAACAGGGUGUUUCCACGGGAGAAGUCCCUCCAGGCUCACAAAAGGACCCAUACAGGUGAGAGACCCUACCUAUGUGACUAUCCGGACUGUGGGAAGGCCUUUGUUCAAAGCGGACAGCUCAAAACACAUCAGCGUCUUCACACCGGAGAGAAACCUUUCGUUUGCUCAGAAAACGGCUGCCUGAGCAGAUUCACCCAUGCAAACCGCCACUGUCCGAAGCACCCCUAUGCCAGGCUGAAGAGAGAGGAGCCCACGGACUCACUCAGCAAGCAUCAGGCUGCAGACAACAAGGCUGCUGCUGAGUGGCUAGCCAAGUACUGGGAAAUGAGGGAGCAGCGCACCCCCACCUCGAAAGGCAAGCUGGUUCCAAAGGCCGACCAGGAGCAGCAGGACCCCCUGGAGUACCCGCAGUCAGACGAGGAGGACAAUGAGAAGAGCGGCGCCCAGAGGCGGCUGCAGGAGCAGCGCGAGCGCCUGCACGGGGCCCUGGCGCUCAUCGAGCUGGCCAACCUCACCAGCGCGCCGCUGCGCCAGUAGCCGGACACGGACUGGCCCCCGUGCGGGAGUACCGCCCGGCAUCCUGAAACAGUAGAUCCUUGGGCAUAAGCUAAGCACCUUAUUUGCUUAUCAUAGGCUGCUAUUCUAUAGAAACUUAUGAAGAAUGUCAUUGCCCCAGUAUGCGGGGUGAGAGAGAAUUGCACUUUUUUUUUAUAUGGAAAUGGAUUUGAUGUAAAGCUUAAAAUAUUUUGUAAAUACGGACUGCACAGUACAGGGUAGAAAACUACAUAUUGUGGGAAGCUAGAUUUUGCAAGUUUAAUGCAUUCAUUGGAAGCAGUUCUCACAGGAAGCACUUUCUGAAUAAGACAUUUGUGUGAAAAACAGAAUGGUACAAAUCGCCAAAGAAGGUUGAAAUGGAUUAUUUAUAAGAUCAUUUUUAACAAUGUAUAUUAGCAUGUUUAACAAUACUGUAAACACUGAAACAGGCAAGAAAGUCUAAGAUAUUGUGUAAGAUAUAUAUUUUUAAACUGCAAAAUAGUGUGCUGAAUAAAGCUAGAGAAAUGGGAAGCUAUUUUGGAAGAUGUUCUAAGUUAGGGACUUGGAAGGAAACAGACAUUGGAGGAUCUUGGUGAGACGCAUAAUGGUUCAGAAUUUUUGAAAUUGGAGUAAAAUCAGUCUUAUUCUAUCUUUCUGGGGCUUUAUGACACAUUAUAAUGUUUAAAUUGGAAAAGCACUUGUCAUCUUUAACAUGUUAACUUGGGAACUUUUGCACAUUUCACAUUUCUCUUUUGCUGAAAUUGAGUGAUUAAUCUUGCAAAGUCUAGGUGACAUGGUAAUUGGUCAUUUUACAAAAACAGACGUUACAGACCCUGUAGUGAGAUUUGGCACUUAGAUUUUUAUGAAUAAAAGGGAUAUCUGCAGGGUUGUUUUGUAGUGAAAUGUUUUAGAUUUUUUGUUAGCAACACUAAAUUUUAAUUGUACUGCUUAUUUAGUAUUAUUAGCGAGUGGAAGCCUCCAUAUUUAUAUUUUCAGUGCGUAAAGCCACCUUCUCGCUUUACUUCAGAAUAAUAUGCCAAGCUAUUUUGUGUUCACUAAAUUUAGCUGUCAGUUAAACACUGCAGAAAAUAGUAGCUACUCAAAUAAGUAGGCUUCUGGAAUAGUUCUAACUGCAAGUGUGUUAACUUGUGUGGUGGUUUUAAACCCUUUUUCUCAAGUAGAUGAAGUUAUUAAACAUCACUUUAUGUACUGAAGCAUGAACAGAAAAACCAAGAGCUGAGCAGUCCACCUCCUUUAUGUAGCAAAAAUCGCCAUCAUUUGACUUUUGUGAUAAGCAGAAAUGAAUGACAUGCGUAGCAUGGUAAUUUAUAGAUUGCUUAACUGGAGUGAAACUCAGAUUAACAGGGGAAAUAGGGGCUCUUAGCGCCUUUUCUCUUUUUUGAGGUGAAGUGGUAUCAUACCGAUGUAGUUUAAAUAUUAUCUAGAAUGUAGGCUUCUUUAUCCAAACACCCCAGUGUUGCAGUACACAGAUAGUUUAAGAUACGUAGCCACAGGGGAGGGGAGUUAUGUAAAUGUCUUGAAGAGCGAAAGUAUGAAAGAUAUGAUAGUUACAAAUAAUGUGUAUGCUGAGGACAUACUUUAAAAAUGUAAUUCCUCUGUACAGUAAAUUGCAAAUCUUUAGGAUUUUUUUUAAUAAGAGAAUUUAUAUUUGUAAUGGUCUAAGAAUUUUGUUCGUAAUCUGGUAUCUCGAAUUUUAACGUGGAGCACUUAAAAGGACGGUAAGAGAGACUGUAGCUUCUGAAUUUCCUUUUUAGGUUUCAGCAUUUUCUCUAGAAUUUUCCCCCUCAAAUAGAUUUCGAUGAACUAAAAAAGCAACACUCAUCAGUCGUGGGAAAUUUAAAAUUUUAUAAACUUACCUGAAGAGUAGUAAGACUUUCAAAACGAUGAAUAUUUGCCAAUUCACAGUUAAGAUUUAAGGCCUUCAAAAACAAGAGUUUUUACUUGUUUUUCCAGUCAGCUUUUGUCAACUACACUAGUUAUAUUCACAAACAUUUUUUAUUUGUAUAAUUGGAACAGUUUAAGAAAUUAUUAUAACUAUUUACUAUAAAACAUUUAAAAUGUUCUUUCUCGAUAUAAGCUAUGUUACUUGGACAAAAUACAUUGGCAUCUAAAAUUUGAGGUGUGUUAAGACUGCUUUUUGUUUUAAAAAUGUGGUUUACAUUCAAAUUCGUGAAGUGUUUUAUGCUUCCUAUGGCUAAAUUGUAGUUUGGCAGAGUUAACAGCAUACGAAUAAACAUGCUGUAAUUUUAAAAGAUGCUUUGAAUAAAAAUUUAU